UGGCAGCCGUCGGCAGGCGAUACAAACAGCCGCCAUGUUGUGAAGCAGCUGGAUGUUCCCGCCGCUGGACGCCAUGAGCAGUCCGUCCUCAGCCGGAGGACCCGGAGGACCCGGAGGACCCGGGGCGACCGGAGGACCCGGGGCGGGCAAAGCAGGCGGAGGGAAGCCUGGCGGCUCCGGAGGCGUCGCCGCCGCUGCUGCCGCCUCCGGUGUGAACUCCGUCACCGGGUCGGACUCUGCCCCUCCUGCCGCCGCCGGGUCCCUGCUCCCGGCCGGACCGAGCCGGCACCCCGCGGGGCUCGCGGCUCUGUUCGAGUGUCCCGUGUGUUUGGACUCCGUCCUGCCGCCCAUCCUGCAGUGCCAGGCCGGGCACCUGCUGUGUAACCUCUGCCGCCAGAAGCUGAGCUGCUGCCCCACCUGCCGGGGCCCGCUCACCCCGAGCAUCCGCAACCUGGCCAUGGAGAAGGUGGCCUCCACGCUGCCGUUCCCCUGCAAGUACUUGUCGGCCGGCUGUCUGCUGUCUCUUCACCACAGUGAGAAGCCCGAUCACGAGGAGGUGUGCGAGUUCAGGCCGUACACGUGUCCGUGCCCCGGGGCGACCUGCAAGUGGCAUGGCUCGCUGGAGGCCGUCAUGCCACACCUGAUGCACGCGCACAAGUCAAUCACGACGCUGCAGGGGGAGGACAUCGUCUUCCUGGCGACAGACAUCACUCUCCCGGGCGCCGUGGACUGGGUGAUGAUGCAGUCGUGUUUCAGUCACCACUUCAUGCUCGUCUUGGAGAAGCAGGAGAAGUACGAGGGCCAUCAGCAGUUCUUUGCCGUCGUGCUGCUUAUUGGCACCCGCAAGCAGGCCGAGAACUUUGCCUACCGCCUGGAGCUCAACGGCAACCGCCGCCGGCUCACCUGGGAGGCCACACCACGCUCCAUCCACGACGGGGUGGCGGCCGCAAUCUUGAACAGUGACUGCCUGGUGUUUGACACCUCUAUCGCCCACCUGUUCGCCGACAAUGGUAACCUGGGAAUUAACGUCACCAUCUCCAUGUGCUGAGGGAGCAGCAGUAUCGGCAGGCGCAUCACAACAGAGACACGCUGCAGGAUCAGUCUGAGAGCUCAGGCGGUGUGGCGUUCACCUUCUGUCUCUGUCCGAGCUGGACUGUAAACGUCCUGUGAUGAAUGACGAGACGGCGAGCUUCGAAAGUGGAGGAUUCACCACCACGAAGAGCAUCGUGCGUCUGUCAGACCCGCUGCUUCGACCGGCGACGCCUGAGCUGGACAGAGGCCGAGCUGUACGGAGUCAGGAACGAUUCAUUGGAGGAAACAAAUAAGCAAAUUCUCCACGAGCUUCUGUCAGGCUCGUCUGACUUCCUGUGGGCGUGUUCAUGAUAUGUUCGCUGUGGUCAGCAGAUCGGCUUCUUUCAGGCAGGAUCGAGGUCACGUGUUCAUCAGCAGACUCUUCGUACAACAUUUUUAACUUAACUUCAGAGCUCGCUGUCAUUUGUUCCUUUGACCAAAAAUGAAGCUCAGAGUGUGUGUGGAUUAAACUGUGUAUUUAUACAGAAAAUCAAUAGAUUAAAUGUUUAUACAUUGAAUAAAUUGAAAGAACAGUG